CGGGCCAAAAAAGCAGCCAUUGUUUUUAUUUUUAUUUUUUAUUGUAUUUUUCUUUCGCUUCGGACGUCCUCUUGGACUUUCCCUUCUGUCAACUGCUGGCUCAGGUCACUCUUUUCAAGUUUUAAUCACCUCCGAUUCGGAUUUCUUUCUCUUAUUCCAAUCGCAUUAACGAAGUUUGAGACCUGGGUUUGGAUACACGAAACACGAGUAAUAUCAGAGUUGGGAAACUGCUUGCAUUGGGUCAAAUCCCGAGGCGUCCUAUCAUUAUUUUUCAGUACUGUCGCGGGUCGACUAUUUAAUCGCAAACCACUUCAAUCGUUAGGAGGAGGAAAUUUAGAACCAAACAUCCAAGAUGGCUGGCCAACUCACAUAUGGCGAACUAGCUCGCAAGCAGUUCACUGCUCAGAAGCUAUUCUAUCAUUUUCUGUUUUGGACUUUCCACUGGGGACUUUUUGCUUAUGGAUGGUGGAAACAAGCCGAGGAUCCCAGAUUAGCAGGUCUGAAUACGCUCAAAUUCUCCGUGUGGAUUUCUCGAGGUGCCGGUCUGGUUCUCAGCGUCGACUGCAUGCUGAUCUUGCUUCCCGUCUGCCGAACCAUUAUGCGCUGGGUCCGACCCAAGAUUCGCUUCCUUCCGCUUGAUGAGAACUUGUGGAUGCACCGCCAAAUUGCGUACGCGCUCCUGUUUUUCAGCAUCCUCCACACCUCGGCUCACUAUGUCAACUUCUACAACGUCGAGAAGAGACAGAUCCGUCCGGUCACUGCUCUGCAGAUCCACUACGCCCAGCCUGGUGGCAUUACUGGCCAUGUCAUGCUGUUCUGCAUGAUGCUCAUGUAUACCACUGCUCAUUCCCGUAUCCGUCAACAAUCUUUCGAGACCUUCUGGUAUACCCACCACCUGUUCAUUCCCUUCUUCCUGGCUCUCUACACCCACACCGUCGGCUGCUUCGUCCGCGACUCUGUCGACGGAUUUUCACCUUUUGAGGGAGAACAGUACUGGUCACACUGCAUCGGUUAUCUCGGAUGGCGAUGGGAGCUCUUCACUGGAGGUUUCUACCUGAUUGAGCGUCUGUACCGUGAGGUUCGCGCUCGUCGCGAGACCAAGAUUACUCGUGUUAUCCGACACCCGUAUGACGUUGUCGAGAUCCAGUUCAACAAGCCUUCUUUCAAGUACAAGGCUGGCCAGUGGCUCUUCCUCCAGGUGCCUUCCAUUUCCAAGUACCAGUGGCAUCCCUUUACCAUCACCUCAUGCCCAUUUGACCCCUAUGUCUCAGUCCAUGUUCGACAAGUCGGUGACUUCACUGGUCAGCUGGGAGAUGCCCUUGGUGCUGGUGCUGCUCAGGCCAAGUUUUACGACGGCGUCGACCCUAUGGGUAUGUACGAGGUUGCCCUGCAAAAUGGUCAGCAGAUGCCUGCUCUUCGCAUUGACGGACCCUACGGAGCUCCUGCCGAAGACGUCUUUGAGAAUGAAAUCGCUGUUCUUAUCGGUACUGGUAUCGGUGUCACCCCCUGGGCUUCUAUCUUGAAGAACAUUUGGCAUCUCCGAAACUCUCCCAACCCCCCCACUCGUCUUCGCCGUGUGGAGUUCAUCUGGGUUUGCAAGGAUACCGGUUCCUUUGAGUGGUUCCAGACCCUGCUCUCCUCUCUCGAAGAGCAAUCCAAUGAAGCAGCUCGUAUUCCUGGAAGCUCCGGUGUUGAGUUCCUCAAGAUUCACACCUACCUCACCCAGCGUCUGGACAUGGACACCGCCCAGAACAUUGUUCUGAACAGUGUGGGUGCUGAAAUGGAUCCCCUUACUGAGCUCAAGUCUCGAACACAAUUCGGCCGACCCAACUUUGCUCGUCUCUUCAGAACUAUGCGUGACGGUAUCCUUGAUAGAACGUAUCUUGGCGGUCUGGAAGGAAGCAUGAAGACGACCGUUGGUGUUUACUUCUGUGGUCCCUCUGUUGCAGCUCGUGAUAUCAAGACUGCCUGCAAAGCUGCCACAGCGCGCGAGGUCGAGUUCCGCUUCUGGAAAGAGCAUUUCUAAUCUACAAAAGCUGUUAAAAAUUUACCCAUUUUUUUCUCUUGUAUACCAGGCAAUACCAUUUUUCUUUUUUUGUCCUCCGUUUCAUAAAUUACAAUGAUUGAGAUCAGUUAUGACGGUAUGUGUGGGUCUCGUAGGAGUUGAGGCUAUGAAAGCGUAGGCGGCUAUUUUCAGUCUAGCAGCAUUAGUGGCAGCGUACAUAAAUUGUUCAAGGCCAGUUGAUGGUUCUUAAAAAUAAAAGGCGCAUGUUCUCACCAUAAA